AUGUCCUGCAACAGCCUGUGUGUGCCCAGCUGCGGGGUGGCCACCCCAGCCCCUCUGGCUGACACCUGCAACGAGCCCUGCGUGCGGCAGUGCCCCGACUCCACGGUGGUCAUCCAGCCCCCGGCCUCGGUGGUCACCUUCCCCGGGCCCAUCCUCAGCUCCUUCCCGCAGCAGAGCGCCGUGGGCUCGGCCGGAGCUCCCUACGUGGGAGCCGGCUCCGGGGGCGCCUUUGGAAGCCGUGGGGGCUACGGAGGCUACGGGAGCCUUGGGGGCUAUGGAGGUUACGGAGGCUGGGGCUAUGGAGGCCGUGGUCUCUACGGGGGCUGGGGCUAUGGAGGCUUUGGGGGCUAUGGGGGCUACGGCAGCUGUGGCUACGGCGGAUGGAGCAGUGGCCACCGGUACCUCAACGGCAACUGCGGGCCCUGCUAA